GCAUAACUCCAGCGGGGGCUUUUGCUUUUGCCCUGUAGAGUUUUAUAUCGAGGUCCUGCAACCCUAGAAGAUGUGGCGAAACCACGUAUGCCUGCGAGAAAGAAAAAAUAGAUUCUCCCAAGUAGAGUUCUCCCAAGUAUUUGACGGCCUAUUGGCGAAGAAAGGAGUUCCUCCAAAGAAAAAUGAUGAGGAGAAUAGUCUAAGUAAUCUAUUAAAUGAGAGCCAGCCUGCCAAUCCACCACAUAGUGAAAUUCAACUCUGGGCGUCAUCGGAAUCAACUGAGCCAUCCACAAGCGGAAAGAAUCCAAAUAAUGAAGUAUCAAUCGCAAACCAGUUUCAGCCCCAGCAGCCAACAAGACCGAAAAGCAGAGAACAUCAUCCUGGGAGUAAUAAAAAACAGGACACCAUUGCCAAUUUGGUAGUAAAAAUCAAAACAGACGAAGAUCUAGAUUUUGCCAUUUCAAAAGCAUUGGACAGAAGGAAGAUUGCUCAACAAAUUGUAGAUGAUUUAAGUAGUACAAUAAAGGAAUCGCAAACGUUGAACCAAAACUAUAAGAAGAAUCAACAGCAGACACUGGAAAUCGAUGCAGAGUUAAAAAUUGCUGAGCAGAAUGUGCAAGCUUUAAAAGCGCAGAGAAAAAAAGUUGGUAAAUGCCAAAGCAAGUAUGCUUCCGAAAAUUAAGCGAAUGAGGAAAUUACUGCUACAGAACACCCACCCCUAUAACUGAAAAAGCUUAUUUUUUAUACCUUAAUGUUUGAAUAAAUUAAUUUGUGUAUGAGUUGUUAUCUUAAAGAAAUGUAAUUGUUAUCUUAAAUAAAAACCGAGUUGAUGUUAAGAGGGGUGGGGCAUGUGCUGUAAAGAAGUAGAUAUAAAAGAAUAUAACUAAUCCAAGUGUGUACAGUAAAUGUAAUAAAAAAUGCAUUGCGACCAGUGCAGAAAAAAUUUCUCUAGUCUAAACCGGCAUAAGAGGAAAGUGUGUGGGAAACAAAAUAUGUGCUCAAUUCCAGGUAAAAACGUAGAAUAAUAGCUUCUGAACCACUAAGUAGAAAUGUGAGUAAAAUA